CCGACACUCAGCCCUGCAUGUCUUCUGUCAACUCUGUUUCAGGGAGACCUGGUGGGGCAGAUCCUUGGGCACCAUGCUGACGGAACUGGAGACUGCUAUAAACUCCCUCAUUGACGUUUACCACAAAUACUCCUUGGAGAAGGGGAAUUACCAUGCCCUCUACAGGGAUGAUUUGAAGAAAUUGUUAGAGACAGAGUGUCCUCGGUACAUGAAGAAAAAGGAUGCAGACACCUGGUUCAAAGAGUUGGAUGUCAAUAGUGAUGGUGCAAUUAACUUUGAAGAGUUCCUCAUACUGGUGAUAAAGGUGGGUGUGGCAACCCAUGAAGAUAUCCACCGAGAGUAGCAGAGCCCUGGGCCCUGGGGCUGGGCCCUGGACCUGUCCUUGCAAAAUAAUAAAGUAGUUGAUACCUCA